AUGUCCGACAACGAGAGCACGACCCCCAAUACGGGAUUCGAGGCGCCGGUGCCCGAGCUGGAUGACCACCGUCAGCCCUCAAUCUCUACUCAGAGAGUGGAGCGACCUCGCCGAGGCACAUUUGACAGCCUCUAUGGAUCUCGACAGGCUGAACCGGAGCCGGCUCCGCCGACCAUUGUUGUUCGCGACUUUGAGGAAGCAGUCAUUGACGAGGACGGCGCCGACCUCAUGGCAGGAAAUCGUCACGGACGACGCCUAACCGCUGAGUCCAGCGAAAGCCGCUCCCCGUCUCCUCCGAACUCCGUCAAGGCAUUCGCUCAGGCCAGGCGAAGGGAACGAGAAAUGUCAUUCUCGGACCCUAAAGCAGAUUAUGAGGAAAUGCUUGGGCUUGGGCGGGCUCUUUCGGUAUCCAGUCGCCGAAGCCACCGCAGCAGGUCUCGAGCCGUUGAAGCCGAUGCUAUCAGCCUCGGAACCAACAACGCUGUCGAGGACAACGGGUGCCUGCCAGAGGGCGGUCACCAUCGGCAACAUCAGCUUCGAAUCGACUUUGACUAUCUCGAGGAGUUCAUCGAAUUGGAGCGCCUUUCCCAUGAAGCCAACCGCAAGGCCUCUGUUACGUCUGCUUUUAAUGAUCUUCGUACGGAAGCGCACCAGAAAGUUCAGCUUGCCACGUCUGAUGGGGACAUUAUUGAUAUGCCAUCAGAUGGAUCCUCCUCAGCACCGGAAAAAUCUGCCGCGGAGGCCGCACCUGCGACCAAAGGCCCGCAGUAUGCCUUCGAGAACAACCGUUUCAGUUUUUUCUCUUCGGCAUGGGAAUCCACAAUCCAUGCUGCUGAAUUCGGUGAUCUGGUCCUCCCUGGCGAAGAUAUUCGUGGGCUUUUCGAGCUCCCAAAAGAUGAAAGCGACGGUGUCUGGUGGCUUAAUAUCAAUCGUGCGACCAAGGAAGAGGUUUUGAGCAUCUGCAAAGCUUUUGGGGUCCAUCCUCUUACUAUUGAAGAUAUCGUCACUCAGGAAGCCCGAGAGAAAAUCGAACUGUUCCCCUCCUACUACUUUGCCUGUUUCCGAUCCUUCAACAUGGUGGAGGAGCAAGAUGGGAUCGAGUACGAGCCUUUCAACAUCUACACUCUGGUUUUUCGAGAGGGUACUCUGAGCUUCAGUUUCGCACCCAACUCACAUGCAUCGCAUGUCCGACGACGAAUCACCGCGCUCAAAGACUACGUGGCCCUCAGCAGUGACUGGAUUUGUUACGCAUUGAUUGAUGAUAUCGUCGACUGUUUUGCCCCGGUUAUCAAUCAAAUUGAGACUGAAGCGGAUGCUAUCGAGGAUGAAGUCUUCGUUAUGAGGCAUGACGACUCAAACACGUUCCUUCGCUCAAUCGGACGCGUACGCAAGAACUGCAUGGCCCUGUUGCGCCUCCUGGGUGGCAAAGCGGAUGUCCUUCGCGGUUUCACCAAGCGAUGCAACGAGAACUAUCAAGUCACUCCCCAUAUGGACAUCGGCAUGUAUCUUGGUGACAUUCAGGAUCACGUUGUGACCAUGGCAAACAACUUGGGUCACUGCGAAAAGCUGCUUUCUCGCGCGCACAGCAACUACCUUGCCACCUUGUCGAUCAACAACAUCUCUCAAGGCACUGACACGAACCGCGUCCUGAGCAAGAUCACCUUCCUUGCGUCUGUUCUAGUACCGCUUAAUCUCGUGAGUGGCAUGUUCGGUAUGAACAAUCUCACGAGAGCAAUGGAGAAUUUCGAGUCUUCUUCCCUUUCCCGUCUCAACGACGGCGACAAGGCCGAGCUGCAGAAAUUUCUGGCAAACGAGCAACAACGCUCCUCAAUCCAGUCUGAGACGCACAAGCUGACACAGACAUGUUGGAAGAAGUGUGUGACCAGCAGUAUCAAAGACUCGAAGCUCGACAGGUCGGAAGAGACAUGCCUCGCCAACUGCGUCGACCGAUUCCUGGAUCUCAACCAACUCACGAUCAAACAUCUGAACAACAUGCGCUCUUAA